AUGAGGGAUUUCGGGUUUGGGGUGCUGCAGACCGCCCCGCUCCGAAGCAGCAGCCCCGGGCCCUUGUUCCGCGGCGAGGCGUACCGUCCCUACGCCGCGGGGUCCGCCAAGUCACUGCCCUCUGCCACGCCCUUCGGCCCGCUGUCGCCGCCACCGUUGCCUGUCACCGGCUUCUUAGAGGCCGCCUCCCCCUUCUCCAUCCCCCUCGGCGGUGGCGCGGGCAGCCGGGCCACCUCCGCUUCCUCUUCCUCCCCGUUCCUGGCGCAUCAGCAGACCAUGCAGGAUGAGCUGCUGCUGGGGCUGACACAGCAGCCGGCGCGGCUGCUUUCGGGGGCGGCGGCCGCGGAGAAACUCCCCAACCACCACCCCGGCGGUGGCACGAUCGCGGGUGUGACCCACCUCCUCCCCUCCCAGGACUUCAAACCGAGUCUGUACCACCCCUCCUCCUCCUCCGCCUCCUCCUGCUGCUGCUGCCGCACCUCCUCCCCGCAGGACUUCAGUAAGCGGCAGCAGCAGCAGCUGAGCAGCCAGAAGAGGAAAGAGUUCAGCCCUCCCCACCUUCCCCACCCUCCGGACUCGAAGCUGCCGCCGCCUCCGCCGCUCUACUGCCCGGGCCGGUUCAGCCCGCCGCUGCCGCCGCCGCCGGCCGGCCAUCUCCUCCAGCCCGCGCAGCUCGCCCAGCGCCAGCAGCAACAGCAGCCGCAGCAGUUCAGCCUCCCGCACCCGCAGCACCUCCCGUCGCAGGACUUCGCCCAGCGGCAGCGUCCAGCCGACCUGCCCUCGCUCCCACAGCUACCGCCCUCGUCGCCCGCAGCCCCGCGGCGCCGCCACGGAGGCGCGGGCAGCCCUCGCAAGACCCCGGCUGCGGGCGAGGGCAGCGCCGCCGAGUCCCCCAAUGCGGGCUUGGCCCCCUCGACGCCGCCGGUGAACCCCGCACCGGGCUCCAUGGAGUCCCCCAACCACCCUCUGCUCAACAGUCCCAGUAACCUCUUGCCCGGCGGGGCGCUCGGCGCGGGCCCCUUUAGCAGUCUGCAGAGCCCGGACCAUCCACACCCGGGCGGCGGCGGCGGCGGCAGCGGCGGCGGGGGCGGGGGGCCCCCAGGAGGCGGAGGGGGAGGCGGCUCCGCGUCGCCGCCGCCGCCGCUGCCCGGCUUCGGCACCCCCUGGUCGGUGCAGACCGCGUCGCCGCCACCCCAGCCCCAGCAGCCGCCGGCGCCCCAGCCGCCGCAGCAGCCGCCACCACCCCAGCAGCCGCCGCAGCCGCAGCCGCCCGGCUCGUCGGCCACCACCCCGAACGGCGGCGGCGGCGGCGGCUCGCUCAGCGCCAUGCCGCCGCCCAGCCCCGACUCUGAGAACGGCUUCUACCCCGGGCUGCCGUCGUCCAUGAACCCGGCCUUCUUCCCGAGCUUCUCGCCGGUGUCGCCGCAUGGCUGCGCGGGGCUCAGCGUGCAGGCGAGCGGCGGCGGCGGCGGCGGCGGCGGCGGCGGCUUCGGCGGCCCCUUCUCGGCGACCGCCGUGCCCCCGCCGCCGCCGCCCGCCAUGAAUUUACCUCAACAGCAGCCCCCGCCGCCUACGGCGCCGCAGCAGCCGCAGAGCCGGAGGUCGCCCGUCAGCCCGCAGCUCCAGCAGCAGCACCAGGCGGCGGCUGCCGCCUUCCUGCAACAGAGGAACUCCUACAACCACCACCAGCCUCUUCUGAAACAAUCUCCCUGGAGCAACCAUCAGAGCAGUGGCUGGGGCACUGGAAGUAUGUCCUGGGGAGCAAUGCAUGGUAGAGAUCACCGUAGAACCGGAAACAUGGGAAUUCCAGGAACUAUGAAUCAGAUAUCUCCAUUGAAGAAACCGUUUUCUGGUAAUGUCAUUGCACCACCGAAAUUUACUCGCUCAACUCCAUCACUGACUCCAAAAUCUUGGAUUGAAGAUAAUGUUUUCAGAACAGACAACAAUAGUAAUACACUCUUACCCUUACAGGUGAGAUCUAGUUUGCAGUUGCCAGCUUGGGGCUCAGAUUCACUCCAAGAUAGUUGGUGCACUGCAGCCGGAACAUCCAGAAUAGACCAGGAUCGAAAUAGAAUGUAUGACAGUUUGAAUAUGCACUCUUUGGAAAAUUCGCUUAUAGAUAUUAUGAGAGCAGAACAUGAUCCUCUUAAGGGUCGAUUGAGCUACCCACAUCCAGGAACUGACAAUCUGUUGAUGUUAAAUGCAAGGAGUUAUGGGCGAAGACGAGGUCGUUCUUCCCUCUUUCCAAUAGAUGAUGGCUUGCUCGAUGAUGGUCACAGCGAUCAAGUUGGAGUUUUAAAUUCGCCCACAUGUUACUCAGCUCAUCAAAAUGGGGAGCGAAUAGAACGCUUCUCUCGAAAAGUUUUUGUUGGUGGUCUUCCUCCAGAUAUUGAUGAAGAUGAAAUAACUGCUAGCUUCAGAAGAUUUGGGCCUUUGGUAGUAGAUUGGCCUCAUAAAGCAGAAAGCAAGUCCUAUUUUCCACCAAAAGGCUAUGCAUUUCUUCUCUUUCAAGAAGAGAGCUCAGUUCAAGCAUUAAUUGAUGCUUGUAUUGAAGAAGAUGGAAAGCUCUAUCUGUGUGUUUCUAGCCCUACCAUCAAGGACAAACCAGUUCAAAUACGUCCUUGGAAUUUAAGUGAUAGUGAUUUUGUAAUGGAUGGUUCUCAGCCUUUGGAUCCCCGAAAAACAAUUUUUGUUGGAGGUGUUCCUCGGCCAUUAAGGGCUGUGGAACUUGCUAUGAUCAUGGACCGGCUAUAUGGUGGAGUUUGUUAUGCAGGAAUUGAUACAGAUCCUGAGCUAAAAUACCCAAAAGGUGCUGGGCGAGUUGCUUUCUCCAAUCAGCAGAGCUAUAUUGCUGCCAUUAGUGCUCGGUUUGUUCAGCUUCAGCACGGUGAUAUUGAUAAACGUGUGGAGGUAAAGCCAUAUGUGCUAGAUGACCAGAUGUGUGAUGAAUGCCAGGGCGCACGCUGUGGUGGAAAAUUUGCUCCCUUUUUUUGUGCCAAUGUCACUUGCCUGCAGUAUUACUGUGAGUUCUGUUGGGCAAAUAUCCACUCUCGUGCUGGACGUGAGUUCCAUAAGCCAUUGGUAAAGGAAGGUGCUGAUCGCCCACGUCAGAUCCACUUCCGCUGGAACUAAGAAUAGCAAACUGGCCUCUGUUUAACAAGGAAAGAAAGGGUGCAUGUGGCUUACUGUGUCUGAAGAUACUGACAUGCAGAAGAAAUAAGUGCAUUCUUCUGCUUUUCACCCCAGCUAUCAAUACAUGCAUCUUUAUCAGCAGCCAAAACACUACAAGCCUCUUGUUUUUCACCAAAACCCUACAUCUCAGGCUUACUAAUUUUUGUGAUAUUUUCAUGUUAAAAUAAAAUGUUUUUUUGUAUUUUC